CUUCGGUGUUUAAAAAAUAAAAAAAUUAUUCUAAAUCUUUUUUUUUAAAAAUUUGUCUAAAUUUACUAUGUCAACUAUUCGAAAAGAAUUGGUUUUCUAUAUGAUAAAUAAAGCAUUUAUAUUAACUGAUUAUAAUAUUUACGAUAAUAUCGAAAAACGACAUGAAUUUAGAAAACAAACUAUUCUUGCUGAUAAAUCCCUUACGAAAGAAGAAAAAUCAGUAACAAUAAAGAAAUUAAAUAAGAGUCAUGACUGUAGAAAAAUCCGUUAUAAUGAAGGAAAAAGAAGAGUUUGUGAAGACUGCAAAAAUGAAUGUUUGGCAAUAUCAUAUUGUGAAUAUUGUAUUAGAAAUUAUUUGAAAGCGAAAUUUUCAAAUUGGACGUCUGGAAAUAAUGAUAUUGAUGAUUUAAUUAAGAAAUGUCAAAUGGAAUCACGUGCUCCUGACAUGAUAGUUGAAUGGAUUCCAUAUAAUAAAUUUCAAAAUAUUGAAUAUCUAACUAGAGGUGGUUGUUCUGAAAUUUAUACAGCAGAUUUGAUUGGUAGAAGAUAUAAAAAGUGGAAUUCUGAGCAACAACAACUAAUAUUAUCUAAAACUAUUAGGAAAGUAGUUCUUAAAAAGUUGGAAAAUAUCGAAAACGCUAAUAGAAGUUGGUUUGAUGAGGUAUGUAAUAUAAAAAAAUGAUAGAAAUUAAAAACAAAUUAAAAAUUAAGAUACUUUAAUGUUUUGUAGGCCAAAUCUCAUCUAACUAUAACUAGCGAAUGGUCAAACGUAGUACAAUGUUAUGGUUUAACCCAAGACCCACUAGAUGGGAACUAUAUUCUUGCAAUGAGAAAAUUAGAUACUAAUUUAAGAUAAUAUUUACAACGAAAUCAUAAUAGACUUACAUGGAAAGAGAGAACUAAUAUUGUAUAUUA